CAGACAGCGAUCUCAUUUCGCGCCGCGAAUCAGCAUGCUGUUCCCGGCCUCCAUACAGACGUGUCACCCUCUUGUGUCUUUGUUCCCUCGGACACCCAUCCACGCGCACUGCCACCCCUCGACGCGUCUGCGCAGCCCAGGGCACACCUCACACCCCCCGCCUCGAGACGACGACGAUGAGCGUGAGAUACGUGCACAUGCGCCCGCCCUCGCUGACGGACUCCCCGACGCACCUCCCCGCGCUCCUCCCGCUCGCGACGUCCAGCCCACCCAACAGCGCGUCGUCCUCCCUCUCCUCCUCCGCCGAAUCGGAGUUCGCGCGCUUCUCCCCGAAGACGCUGUGCCUCAUCGAUGGCGCGGAUCCGGUGACGAUCGGGCGCGCGAGCGCGAAGCGCGGGAGCGGGCGCACGGACGAGCUGGAUAACGGGUUCCUCACUGUUCCGAGAGGCAAGACGGCGCUUGGGAGCCAGCAUGCGAUGGUGUGUGUGCGGAACGGUGUGCUAUACAUCGCGAUGAAGGAGCGCGACGGGCUGAUCCUGAACGAUGCGGGCGAAGGGCAUGCACGACUGCUGAAUCCGUUCUCCGAGUUUUACCCGCUCGAGUCGAAUUCGCGUGUACGACUAGGCGUCAAUGGAGCCACCUCCGUCCCAUUUCUGGUCGACAUCAUUUUCGAGAUCGAUGAAUCGGAUGUCUGGAGCGGUGUUUCCAAGAAAAGAUUCAUCCGUCCGCUGCCAACAUCGCCUGGGCCGUAGCCCAAUCCAUUGACCGACCCGUCCAUCUCAACCUGACCUUCUAAUCUAGCACAUACCAUACCUAUCGGAACUACAGACAUCUUGCGCAAUGCACUUCCAUACUACCAAUUCUACGUCCACUUCUCCGGGUCCUAUACCAAAUUAUAACACGGACGAAAAAGUCACCAACCUACAGUACUGAUUUAACUACUGCUCGGCUUAGUUUCCAAACGACUGUAUCCAUCGUAGAUUGCAAGGUUCAGAUCAACUGCGAGGUUGUAGCUGCAAAG